GAGAGACGGGAAGGAGAAAGAGAAAGAGAGAGGCAGACAGAAUGAGAGGAGGCUCUCUCAUAAACACUAGGAUCAGAGGACGCCGCUUUCUGUUUCUCGUGUGGACUAAAAUAAAACCGUCUUUAUUCAGGUCCUCAGAGAGCUUUGUAGCACCAUGUCAUUAGCGCUCGGAGUGCGUUUGGUGUAAUGAGAGGGCAGUUUGUGAGCAGAUGAUGGACGUUGAGACGUCAUAUUCAGAGUUCAUAAACUGUGAUCGCACAGGUCGCAGGAACGCAGUGCCAGACAUUAAAGGAGAAGCAGCAGCGGCGGGGACCGGUGAACUAACCAAAGACAUGGCUCAGAUGGACCUGAAAGCUGCAGAGGGAGAUGCUUCUGGAUCUCCAGCCCCUGAAGCAGAGGCAUCUGGGAGCCAGGAUAAACAAGGGACAGAGGGACCGUCAUAAAGAUGAAGAAUGACCCGGAGGAGAGAGGGAAGCUGGGGAGUUCUCUCCUUUUCUCAUCAAAAAUCUCCUCAUCUUUGCUCAUCAGGCAGCAGUGAAGAGCUCCUCUCAUAGACUGCCAUUAAGGUGGAUGUCCACCCAUUGCAUGCUGUUGAGUGCCUAAGAGACAGAUGGAGAAGACACUGCCUUUGCAAACACCACUAAAUGGGACGAAACUGUCGAGGACUGUAUUCAUUCACAGCGCUGAGUGAGGAAAGUUUGUUUUUUCUAACAGAGGUCGAACAGAAGCACAGGCGUUUUGAUAUUUUUCCAUCCUAAAAUUAAACUAAACAGUUCAAUCUCGUGUUGAAUUACUGUUAAAACAAAUACUCAGAGCUACUGUAAACUAUAAAGUACCAAAUAUAGCCUUUUUGUUACAGCCUAUGACAUGGAUGGCUCAGUUUUUUUUUUUUUUUAAACAAUGACCACUACAGUUGAAGGUGGUCUGAUUAUAGAACAGAAUUCCCAAAUAUUGCCUGAGGUCAGAAGAGGUUUGUUUCUAUACUUCAUUAUAUACUGUAACACAAAUGUAACAUAAUUAACAAUAUUUAUGUAGUAUCUGAGUUACUUUCUGCUUUCUGCUCCUGGCAUUGUUUUGUGGUUUUUGUCAGACUCUCAGAAACACUCGUUGAAGCACAUUGCAUUUAUAUUGUGACCUAUAAAUGUAAGUACCUCAAAAUAAACAGGAAUGACAUUGA